AUGCAGGCAAGGAAGAUUAAGCACGACGUCAUCGGACUGACCGAGAAGAGACACCCUUGGAACGCGGUGUAUGACACUGGAGAAGAACUGUUCUUAGAAACAUGCGACAGUAGAGGUGUUGGUGGAGUUGGCGUCCUCGUCAACACGAGUAUGGCAAAGAACACCGACUCUUUCGAACAACUUAUGACCCGAAUCGGACGUCUCCGGAUGAGGAGAUGUGAUCCAACACCAGCUUUGACUAUCUCCGUCGUUUACUCUCUAAAAUCAAGCUAA